AUGUACUCCGUACGCACGACGUACAGUAGAAAUCGUACCAUCGAGGGAGGAGCCGGGACGACCAAGCUCGAUAUGGCGUAUAUAUCUGCUGCCAACCUUGGAUCGCAGCUGUCUGCCCGUCUCCCUUUGACGCUGCCUUUUGAUUUCACCCUGCUCGCCAAGCAUCAACUUGCCGCGAAGAAUCGUCCAUCCGCCCGUGCGGUCCCCUCCAGUCGCCGUCACGUCACGUUCGUGCAAGGAGACGUCUCCUCUCGCGACGCUUGCGGUGUCAUGUCCAACGAUAGCCCGACCAUCAACAGGUGGGAGUUGCAAGCCUUGGAUGUAAAUGCAUCUCCCCCCCUCCCUCCUGCCUCUACCACUUCCCUCCCUCCACGCUGCGUCGUCGCUCCGUCCAAUCGCUCUCCGUGGCGAUCGGAAAAGGGGAUGAAGGCUGGUGACGGGAAUGAACGGAUCGCUGACCCAAGGUGCCGAUGCCAGUAUCAGUUCCCCCCUAACGAUCCCGCCGAGGCGUCCGAGGACCCUCAGCGCUCUUCUCCGCGAACAAAAUGGCAGAAGCUCGACGAUCCCAUCAUCUAUCCCGGUCUGUACUCGGCCACUGGUUUCGACAUAAUGAAGAUUCUGAUGAGAGUCUUGUCGAGGCCGAACCCUCAGGUCGAGCUUGGCGCCGUCGACUGCUCCGUCGCCCUCAUCUUGUGCGAUCUCGAACGGCCUGAUCACCCCAUCGUGUACGCCUCCGACUCUUUCUGCGAGCUGACAGGCUACAACCUGCAAGAGGUUCUCGGCCGCAACUGCCGCUUUCUCCAAAGGCCCUCUGCAUCACCCUCCUCGUCGUCGCUGUCUAGCACCGAAAGCACGGAUAAAGCGGCCAUCCGCAGCAUUCGCCUCGCCAUCGACGCCCGCCAGGAGAUCCAGCUGACGCUCAGAAACUACAAGAAGAAUGGCAAGCCCUUCACCAACAUCCUGAGCAUCAUUCCCCUCGACCUCGAUUCGUCCGGCUCUCGAUACGCCGUUGGCUUCCAGGUGGAAACGGACUGA